AUGGAUGAUUUGCUUUUCUGUGAUGUCAAUAUAUCUAUGGAACAACCUCAUGGAAAGUCUUCAAUUAUAUAUUGUUUGUUAUUGCAUGUAGGUACAACACCUCUGAAAAAGCAGCUGAGGGAAAGUGCCGUCCCCAGUUUGUUUUAUUGGACUGGGGGCCUUAAGGAAUCUACCUCAAAGUCAUCAGAACCUGGAACUUUAAGAUCUGGCAGGGAAUACGUGUCACAACCGGAACAGCCAGAAAGUAUAAGUUGUAGUUGUAGUGAAAUACCUACCGACUUGGUUUCUCAAGAAGUGAUUAUCGAUACUGAUGAAUCUCCGACUCAAUCACCUACUGGGAUCUCAUCGGACCAGCCAUUGCAGCCUGUCCGUCCAUUCACUCCAUUGAUGAGUACAGCAUCACAAACUCCAUCAAGACCGAUGUUCAGCAUCGAGAAUUUCAUGAACGAUAAUGCUGGUAUUAUGUUCUAUACUGGGCUGUCAUCUUAUCAAGAUUUUACUUUUGUUUUACAAACUCUCGGUGAAAGUAUUUAUCAUUUGAAUUAUUUGUACACCCAGGUUGAAAAUUUGAACAUAGAGGAUCAAUUUUUCUUGACUCUUAUCAAGCUUCGACAGUAUAAAACUAACUUUGAACUUAGCCGAUUGUUCAGUAUUUCAGAAUAUUCAGUGAGCAACAUAUGGAUCACCUGGGUGAAUCUCAUGUCCUGCCAAUGGAGGGAGAUUGAUUUAUGGCCAGACAGGGACAUUGUAAGAUUUUUUUGUCCGACAGAUUUUUUUCAUAAAUUUCCAACAACAAGAGUCAUAGUUGAUGGCACCGAAUGUCCAGUGAAGAAGCCAAAACCCCCAAUUGCUCAACAGAGUACCUUUUCUACAUACAAGAAUAGGAACACGAUCAAAGUGUUAGCUGGGGCCACACCAGGUGGGUUGAUUUCGUAUUUGUCCCCUGCGUAUGGGGGAUCUACAUCGGACCGCCAGAUUGUUGAAAGAUCUAGCUUGAUGAAUUUGUGUGACAAAGGUGACAGUAUUAUGGCGGAUAAGGGUUUUAAUGUGCAAGACCUAUUUGCCCCACAUGAUGUCACUAUAAACAUCCCUACUUUCUUCAAAAACAGAAAUCAAAUGUCAAAUAAAACUGUUCAAAGAGACAGGAAAAUAUCAAGCAAGAGAGUUCAUAUUGAACGUUUAAUUGGUUUAGCCAAAACAUACAAAAUAUUAACUCAAGCAUUGAAUACAACUGAAACAAAACUUGCAUCAGAAAUAACCUUCUGCUGUUUCAUGCUGUGCAAUUUUCGUCGAUGCAUUAUUCCAAAACAUGCUUAA